CAAAGCAUUCCUGCAUCAUGAACAGUAACAUACAGAAUGUAUUUAAUUGGAUUCCUGUCUCUGGAAUUAUGAUAAAUUAAGAGAAUGAAAAUAUUUAGAUUGAUCUUAAAGCUUAACAAAAAGCUGUUCUUAAUGAAAUAAAAAUGGAAAUCCUUCCUGAUGUUGUAUUUAAGAAAUAACUAAAUUAUGAUCCUGAAGCAGGCUGGAGUUGGCAUAAAUCAUGGAAUUUGCCUGAAAUUGAUUAUACUUUAAAGGUAAUAAUAAAUUCUAAAACUUAAAAGUUACCUAUCUCGAGUUAAUCAAUUUAAGGAACUUUUUUUGUGUAAAUUUUUGUAGUCAAAGCUUUAGAAAUGCCUUAUUAAUAUAAAAAUUUAGGUAUUAAAGGAGAAUCAAAAAAAGAAAUAAUAGGCCAACAAACUAACUUUAGAUGCCUUAAAUUUACCACAACAUCUUAUAACAAUGAUGUAUUACUUUAAAUAGUAACGUUAGCAUAAAAAAUUCCAUUUAAUACUUGUAUUAUUUUAUUCCUCAGUAAAUGAAGAAAAUGUGGUUCUUAGCUCAAUAAUAUCUCCAGCAAUUUUUGUGGAUUCAAGAAAAUUUGCUCGGUUUCACAAUUUCUCAAUUCAUACACAUUCUUUUACAGAAUUAUUCCCAAGUGAUUUACUUGAUGCUAUAAUCACAAAAAGAGAAACGAAAAAUAAGACUGUAAAUAUGAUUAAAAUUGAUAAUUCAAUUACAGGAUUUAUCAAUUAUUUUACUGCUUCAAAUAUCAGAAAUAAAAUUAAACAUCCUAUAUUUUUAGCAUUAAGAUUCUCUAGUCUAAUUAAAAUAUUUGUUGAUUAAUAAUUAUUUUAUUAAUAAACAAAUAUUGUGAAUUAGAUUUAAAAUCAUUUAAACAAUAUUAUUAAUAAAGUAGAAAAACAAAAGAAGAUCAAGUUAUUAAUUACACCUCCUAAUCAAGAUAUUAUCCAAUAAAAAAAGGUAUAAUCCAUCAUAAUUAUAGUCAAUUGAAUUAAUUUAAUAAUUAGAAAAUAGUUGCUAUGAAAUUUAUACACAAUAAUGUUAUUUGCCUGAUAAUGUUAAAUAGGUAGAGGAUCUAAAAUAGUUCUCUUAGUAAUAUUCAGAAUACUUCAAACAAACUUUGAAAAUCACUUCUAAAACAAAACAUUUUGCUAUUUUAAAAACUUAAUCUUUUUCUUACAUUGAGGAUAACAUUGCCCCUAAAGUCAAAAUCGAAUAAUAUUCUAAUGCAAUCAAUUAACCUUCAUAAACAUUUAGAAAUAUUAAUUUACCUCAAUGUGAAAUUAAUAAUUCAAUAAAAAAAGAAGAGGUUAUAAAAACUUAGGAAUAAACCUCAUAAAUCAGAUAUUAAUAAUAUGUACCAAAUAUGAAUAUUUAUUAACCCUAAUUAAAUUAAGAAUCAUCUCUAUACUAAUAAUAUUAAAACUAUUUGACAAUUCAAAAUUAAUAACUUUAAAAUUAGUAUUAUAAUCCAUAUCAAUUUGCAAACCCAUCCUAUACUUUAUGGAGAAAUAUUUGA